AUGCUUGACCCCAAGGACAUCGAGAAGCUGAAGCAGCUGGGCGGAGCCGAGCAGGUGUGCAAGCACCUCCUGGUGGACCCCGCUGUGGGCCUCCGGCAGCGUGAGCAGGUCGACACCGACGGCCUACGCCAGUCCGAGCCGUUCCAGGCCCGGCGCGCGGUGUUUGGGCGCAACGAGCUGCCCGAGGCUGAGACAACGACGUUCCUGCAGCUGCUGUUUGACGCCCACAAGAACGACGAGGUCAAGGUGGGAUGGGUCGAGGGAGCAGCGAUUUUCCUGGCGGUGCUGGUUGUGUGCUUCACCAACGCCAUCAACGACUACCAGAAGGAGAAGCAGUUCCGCAAGCUCAACGCCAAGAAGGAGGACCGGACGGUCAAGGCGCUGCGUGACGGAAAUGAGGUAGAAAUCGGCGUGCAGGAAAUCAACGUCGGUGACAUUCUGCUGAUUGAGCCUGGAGACAUUGUGCCUGUCGAUGGCGUGUAUCUGAGCGGCCACCGCAUGAAGUGCGACGAGUCGAGCGCUACCGGCGAAUCUGACGCAAUCAAGAAGGGCACCAUGGACGAGUGCCUCGACCCGUUCAUCCUCAGCGGCGCCAAGGUCCUGGAGGGCGUCGGCAAGAUGGUUGUUGUGGCUGUCGGCACCCGCUCGUUCUAUGGCAAGAUUAUGAUGGCCAUGCGCAACGGCCAGAGCUCCGAGACCCCGCUGCAGCGCAAGCUCGACGUGCUCGCCGAGCAGAUCGCAAAGUACGGUAUGUCGGCUGCCACGCUGCUGCUGAUUACGCUGGUUGUCAAGUACCUUGUCCAGUGCGCCCUCGCCCCCGAGUUCCCGCCUGCCAGCAUCAUGUUCUCGCACUUUGUCUCCAUCGUCAUCGAGGCCAUCACCGUCGUCGUUGUCGCUGUGCCCGAGGGCCUGCCCAUGGCUGUCACCAUUGCGCUCGCCUAUGCCACCACCAAGAUGCUCAAGGACGGCAACCUGGUCCGCCAGCUGUCGGCCUGCGAGACCAUGGGUGGAGCCACCACCGGAACGCUGACCCAGAAUCCGCAUGACCUGUGGUCCGUGCCUUCAUUGCCUGGCAACGAGCUGACGUCGCUGCCGGGCGUUGCUGCCUUCUUCAAGGGUCUGCCCCAGGGCACCAAGGAGCUGCUGAUGCAGGGUAUUGCCGUCAACUCCACCGCCUUCGAGGGUCCCGACGAGUCGGGCCACAUCGAGUUCAUUGGCUCCAAGUCCGAGUGCGCCCUGCUGGGCUUUGCCAAGACAUGCGGCCAGGACUACCGCUCGGUCCGCGCUGACAACAAGCCCGCCCGCGUGUAUCCGUUCUCGUCCGAGAAGAAGACCAUGACCACCAUCAUCCCGCUUGCCAACGGCCAGUUCCGCGUCCACGCCAAGGGCGCCUCGGAGAUUGUCCUGCGCGCAUGCUCCAAGUAUGUCGACGAGAACGGAGAUAUGCAUCCGCUCGACCAGGCGGCCCGCAACCAGGCCCUGCGCAACAUCUCGAUGAUGGCCAACCAUGCCCUGCGUACCUUUGCCCUGGCCUUUAAGGACAUUUCCGACGACGAGCACCAGCACGUGCAGCGACGAGGACGCGCCGCUGACCCGCUGCGCCCAGGUGUCCGUCAGGCCGUCGCUGACUGCCACAAGGCCGGCGUCAUUGUCCGCAUGAUCACUGGUGAUAACAUCGAGACUGCACGUGCCAUUGCCCGCGAUGCUGGCAUCCUGACCAAGGGCGGCAAGGCCAUCACCGGCCCGCAAUGGCGCCAGCUGAGCCCCGAGGAGCAGCACGCUGUCAUGGCGCGCUCGUCGCCCCUCGACAAGCAGAUUAUGGUUGAGCGCCUGCAGGAGCGCAACGAGGUCGUGGCUAUGACUGGUGACGGCACCAACGACUCGCCAGCGCUCAAGCUCGCCGACGUCGGCUUCUCGAUGGGCAUUGCCGGUACUGAGGUGGCCAAGGAAGCCUCCGAUAUCAUCCUGAUGGACGACGACUUCAAGUCGAUUGUCAAGGCGCUGCGCUGGGGCCGUGCGGUCAACGACAGCGUGCGCAAGUUCCUGCAGUUCCAGCUCACCGUCAACAUCACUGCUGUGUUCCUGACCUUCAUCUCGAUCCGUUCAGCCCUGACGGCCGUGCAGCUGCUCUGGGUCAACCUGAUCAUGGACACCCUGGCUGCCCUGGCCCUGGCCACUGAGGGCCCGACAGACGAGGUUCUGGACCGCCCGCCACAGCAGCGCAACUCGGCCCUGAUCACCUUCGAGAUGUGGCGCAUGAUCAUCGGCCAGGCUAUCUUCCAGGGCCUGGCGCAGCUGCGCACCAUGGUCUUCAACUCGUUCGUGUUCCUGCAGGUCUUCAACCAGGUCAACUGCCGCCGCAUUCAGCCCCACGAGUUCAACGUCUUUGCCAACAUCCACAACGACACUGGCUUCCUGCUCGUUCAGGUCGUCGUCAUUGGCGUCCAGUGGCUGAUUGUCGAAUUCGGUGGCAUCGCCUUCUCCACCACCUCGCUGUCUGCUGAGCAGUGGCUCGGAACCCUGUUCAUUGGCGUCCUGUCGCUGCCCAGCGCCGAGUCCCCCGCCCAGCAGCACCUGCCCGAGGUCUCGACCACCCGCAUGCGCGUCGAGUCCUCGAUCCGCGAUGUCCAGCGGGCCGUCAGGUUCUUUGGCGCCAUCCGCCACUCGCAGCAGCAGCGCAAGGGACAGAACGAGGAUGGCGUGAAUUUCCUCCCCGACCUGCCCUCGCUGGGCCGCUCGUCCACCCUGCCGACCGAGGGCAACACUCCGUUCAUCACCCAGCCUGUGAGCACCAGCAGCUCGUGGACCUAG